CCUUCGAGAUUCUGCAAACCACUUCGCCCCUUCUCAUCCUGAAGGGCCAGGCUCUGCGGCUGCUCUGUGCUGCUGACAGCAACCCCUCUGCAGCACUGAGCUGGUUCCGGGGGUCCCCAGCCCUGAAUGCCUCCCCCAUCUCCAGCACCGCGAUCCUGGAGCUGCCUCGAGUGGGGACUGCAGAAGAAGGAGAGCUCACCUGCCAAGCUCGGCACCCGCUGGGCUCCCCAAGUGUCUCUCUCAGCCUUUCUGUGCAGAGAAGCCCUCCUUCUUGCAGAUGUGUGACUGAGGAGCAACAGGGCUCCUGGCCCCUGGUCCUCACCCUGAUCAGGGGGUCCCUCAUGGGGGCUGGCUUCCUCCUCACCUAUGGCCUCACCUGGAUCUGCUACACCAGGUGAGCAGGGCUGUUGCUGUCCAGGGAAGUCUGGUGAUUGGCCUGAGCUCCAGGUG